GUUUGAGUGACGCUGCUGCAGACGAGGCGGCGAGUAAAUGUUUAUCCCUUGGCGGGGUUGAAGAGGUAAAGGGACAGCAGUGGGGAAAAGCGUCGCCGUUUGGUUAUCGCAACGAGGAGCGGAAGAAGUAGAUUCGGGUUGAUGACUCCACUUGAAUGAAUGGUGUUCAGCUCCUGUCCAUUUGGCUCCGAGCAUUUGUGUAUGAUAUUGGAUUUGGUGAUUAGCAAAAGGUGGAUCGUGGAUGUGGAAAAUCUAAUUUAAGAUGGUGAAAUGCAGAGACAUUCAAUAACACAAGCAAAUCAAUCCUGCCAUAUGUAUCCUUUGGGCCAAGUUAUCAGUGCUAUGUAAGAGGACAGUAGAUGCAUGUUUCUUUUCUCCUUGGGCUCCUCUUGGUGAAGACUGGCUGGGUUUGUUGUGUGGCUAGUUACUGGUGUGAACUUACAUAUUGUUCUUCAGUGCUGACAUUCAUGGGAACCUGUGACUUGAGCUUUGGAAGAAAUUAGAAGACUAGCAGAAGGAAAGAAAGAUAAUACUCAUGAAAAAAUGUCAACAAAUGAGCAAAGUCCUCGGCACAAUAAGGCCAGGACCAUGCAACGAGCUUCGACAUUUGAUCUGUCUUCAGAUAUGUUAAACUUAUCAUUGGCAGCUAACAGCCAGGAUCCAGAUGAGCCUAUUUUGGAAUUUAGUUUAGCAUGCAGUGAGUUGAUCACUCCCUCCUUGGACCGGAAGCCAAAUAGUUUUGUAGCAGUAAGCGUGACAACCCCUCCACAAGCUUUCUGGACAAAGCAUGUGCAAACUGAGAUAAUAGAGGGUACCAACAAUCCCAUUUUUCUAAGCAGUGUUGCGUUUUUCCAGGAUUCUCUCAUUAAUCAAAUGACACAAAUGAAACUUUCAGUGUACGAUGUCAAGGACAGAUCUCAGGGAACUAUGUAUCUGUUGGGUUCUGCAACAUAUGUCGUAAAGGAUUUGCUAAAGGAAAAGAAUCACAGAUUGCACCUGACACUAAGGUCUGCUGAAAAUGAACGUGUGGGUAAUAUUACUGUAAUAGCAUGGCAGAUGGAGGACAAAGUUGGAGACAAGAUUCCUGUGAGCAGAUCACCUGAUACCAUUAAUGGGAGGACUGUGUUGCCAGUUGAUGAAAGCUUAACAGAAUCGUUGAGUAUUCGCUCAAAGCACUCUUCACUGAAGAAAGAUGCACUAUUAAAAUCAGUAUUUGGAGGGGUUAUCUGUCGGAUGUAUCGUUUUCCUACAACGGAUGGGAACCACCUACGGAUACUGGAGCAGAUGGCAGAGAGCAUGUUAUCCCUGCAUAUCCCCAGGCAAUUUGUCAAAUUGGUCAUUGAAGAGGAUGCAGCAAGGAUAUGUGAGUUGGAUGACCUGGGUGAGUUGUCACCCUGCUGGGAGAAUCUUCGACGGCAAAUAGUUACUCAAUACCAAACUCUAAUCAUAAAUUACCAGGAGAAUUUAACCGAUUUGCACCAAUAUAAAGGUCCAUCUUUCAAAGCAAGCAGUUUAAAAGCUGAGAAGAAAUUAGAAUUUGUACCCACUAAUUUGCACAUACAACGGAUGCGAGUUCAAGAUGACUCUGGUGCAGAUCAGACCUAUGACAUCGUUACUAUUGGGGCACCAGCAGCGCACUGCCAGGCCUUCAAAACUGGUGGCUUAAGAAAACUUCUGGUAAAGUUUGUGGAAGCCAAGAAAAACGUUUAUGAGGAGGGUUGUUCAUCGUCUAGUUCCCAGUCUAUAGUAUACAUACCACAAGAUAUAGUAAGAGCUAAAGAAAUUAUAGCGAGUAUUAAUACCCUUAAAACACAAGUCAGUUACUAUGCAGAACGACUGUCAAGAGCAGCCAAGGAGAGAUCUGCAAAUGGCCUUGAGAGGACACUGGCAAUUUUGGCAGACAAGACAAGACAACUGGUCACUGUUUGUGACUGUAAAUUACUGGCAAAUGCUGUUGAAGCCCUUAAUGCUGCCAGGCCCAACUACAUUGCUUCCAAAUCAUCCCCAUCAGGAGAAGCAGACCAAGUGAUGCUCCGGAAUGACCAGGAUACCCUCAUGGCUAAAUGGGCAGGCAGGAACAGCCGCUCUUCCUUGCAUAUUAGCUGGCAUGAGGAGGAAUGGGAGAAAGUGUGGCUUAAUGUUGAUAAAAGUUUGGACUGUAUUAUUCAGAGGGUAGACAAACUUCUCCAGAAGGAGCGGUUACGUAGUGAGAGCAGUGAAGAUGUUUUUCACUGUGAUAUUACCUCUACCAGCAAGAAAGGUAACCAGGGGCAUCGCGCAUACUGGAUAAAUCCAGGGGCCUUAGAUGAGAAAUGUUCUCAAUCUCCACCAUCAUGUCGUUCUUCCAGUAAGAGAGCUGCGUAUUGCCACUCCACUGCAGAGGAGCCCUCUGAAGGUGAGUGGAGUGAAGCACUUUAUCCUUUGCUGACGACACUCACGGAAUGCGUAGCCAUGAUGAGUGACAAAGCAAAGAAAGCAAUGGUCUUUCUCCUGAUGCAAGAUAGUGCCCCUACUAUAGCAAUGGACCUGACCAUCCAGCACCGCAGAGAUGUGGUCUUUUGUCAGACUCUAACAGCCCUUAUCUGUGGAUUUAUCAUUAAACUAAGAAACUGCCUCCGUGAUGAUGGAUUUUUGCGCCAGCUGUACACCAUUGGCUUGUUGGCACAAUUCGAAGGGCUUCUAAGCACAUACGGGGAAGAACUUGCUAUGCUUGAAGAUAUGAGUACAGGAAUUUCAGAUUUGCGGAAUGUGACGUUUAAGGUAAUCCAGGCCAUAUCUGCUUCGUCAGUUGACAUGCUGCCAGUCAUUACUGGAAAUAGAGAUGGGUUUAAUGUGCGAAUUCCAUUGCCAGGAGUGAUGUUUGAUGCCUUACCUCGGGAAAUACAAAGUGGGAUGUUACUUCGAGUGCAGCCAGUGCUAUUUAAUGUGGGGAUCAAUGAGCAACAAACACUUGCUGAAAAAUUCGGAGACACAUCCUUGCAAGAAGUAAUUAACACAGAGAGUUUGGGCCGCCUGAAUUCUUACUAUGAACAAUUCAAGGAAGUUCUUCCUGAUGAUUGUCUACCUCGAUCCCGGAGUCAGACAUGUCUGCCUGAACUGCUGAGAUUUCUUGGCCAAAAUGUCCAUGCACGGAAAAACAAGAAUGUAGAUAUCCUUUGGCAAGCUGCUGAGAUUUGCCGUAGAUUAAAUGGUGUUCGGUUUACAAGCUGUAAAAGUGCCAAGGACCGGACUGCUAUGUCAAUCACUCUGGAACAGUGCCUGAUCCUGCAGCAUGAGCAUGGCAUGGCUCCUCAGGUCUUCACACAAGCCCUGGACUGCAUGAGGAGCGAGGGAUGUCGCCGAGAAAACACCAUGAAGAAUGUUGGAUGUCGCAAGUACGCAUUUAACACUCUACAAUUGAAGGCUUUUCCAAAACAUUACAGGCCACCAGAAGGAACCUUUGGAAAAGUCGACACUUAACAUUAGGAAAAAGACCUUAACUCAAUGUGACUCUUGUGAAUGACUACUUGUUUAUAGUGAUAGCUGUGGGGAUUUUUAACGAUGAAUUGUGUAUAGUGGACAUAGCUGUCAACCAAAACAAAAGUAGUUUGUUCAAUGGUUAAAUGUGUCUUCAACAUGCAAAUCACCCAAAUUGGUCUUUUUCCUCUAUCAAUGUAGAGCAUGCUCUUUUGGUUAGUCUGUUGAGAUGUACUAUAAUACGUACAUGAUAGAGUAGAGUGUGGGGUUUACUAUUUUAAAGCAAUCUGCACUUAAAAAAAUAAAAUCCAUUAGAACUAGACCAGGAUAUAGGAGGUCCUUCCACUGUACAAUAUUAUCAGUACAGUGUGACUGGACAGUGUGGGCAUUGUUUGGAACUGAGUGCAAACUAUUCCAACUGCAUGCAAGUUUCAGGUGGUUUGCUGGAAACAUGGCUUCACACUUUAAAAGAACAAAUAGUACUUAUUUUGAAGAUGUGCUGAUUUUAGGGGGCUGGCAGAAAAAUAUUUGCUUGAACUCUCCAUUUUACUGACACUCAUAGCUGCAUUAGUGAGGCUUUCCAUAGGAUACCCACGUUACAGUAACUCCAGCUUUGCAGGAUAUAUGCAUCUAUGUAGCUGCUUUUAAUUCAAAGCAGAAAGUAAUACAGGUUCAGUAAUGCAUUUAGGAAAUGGUGGUGUUCACUCAGAAAAAUAGUAACAAGCUUUUUCUUAGCGUUGUUUAUGUAAGAAAUAUGAAUGCGGAAAAGAGUAAAGGGGAGGUUUUUAAAGGGUUGUUCUAGCAGUGCAAAAUCUUGAUUGCAUUAAGUCUAUGUACAUGAGGAAAGUCGUGGGUGAGAAAUUAACAUGCAGCUCACUGCCCCUCACUUCUCUGCCUCAUUCCAAUUGCUUCACUUCAGGAAAAUGCAGACUUGCUUUACAUGUUUGUCACCAUUCCAGAUAUUGCAACCAGGUCCCUACAUUUUCACUGUUGCCUAAAUCAUACUGCAAUUCACAUUGCCUAGUCUCUUGCUAACAAAUUGUGUUAUCACUUGUCCAAUUAUAUAUGCCCUUGUACAAAGAGGCUUGCUUUGCAUUUUUUUUUGUGUUGCAAUAACAUUGUAUUUUUUUGAUCAUAAACCAACUACCAGGAAAGGAAUGCAGAGAGAGCCUGUUGGAAACUAAUGACUAAACAUGCCUUUAGGUCUGACGAAUGUACUUUCAUAAACUUGGUUUAUUCGCAACCAAAUCUUCAUGGUUUUGCACAGCAUUUUUGUUUCCUUGCAUAGGGAAUGUUCUCAACUAAGGUAGACAUUGUGGGAAUGUCUAAAUGCUAAUCCUGUGGAUCAAAGAAAAAUUACAAACUUUUUAAAAUAGAUUGGAAAAUUAGUUUGAUCUCUAACAUCCAGAAUGCAGUACAUAUCUGCCAGUCUGCUAGCAACAGUCAAGUGCUUCUAUAAUGUAGUCUUUUGCAAUUAGACAUAUAGAGGAAAUUGUAAUACUUACUUUUAAAUGCACAUACCUACAUUAAAGCACUUAAGCAACAGAGGGCUCUUGUAUGUAAAGGCCCAAGUAAACCAAGUCAAAUGCAUUUUUAUUAUACUGUUAAUUUUAAGGGAAUUAUACAUGAAUUUUAUUUAUAAGGUUUACAAAAUUUGUAACUGUUUUACGUAGAGUGUAUUCAUUGCCAUUUUACAAGAUGCACGAGAAAGAUGGUACUGAAAGCAAUUGGAGCAAAAAUACUGUAGAAGGAAAUUGUAAAACUUUGCUGUUUCAGCUGCUACAAUGCCACUGCAUAUGAAGAUUUUCCAUGCACCAUGCUGGGCAUAGAAUUAAAAUCCCAAACACUCCACUAGAUUUACUAGAAGGUGCAGAUGAAAUGCAGAUAUGGCUUCACUGAACCAAUAUUCUUCCUUGUGAUUUCGUUCACAUCUUUUUCAAAGCAGUAAUUUGUGCAAAGUUUGUCUUGUCUGAAUUCAAAAGCAUGUCAACCGUUUGUUCUGCCUGGUAGAGACUGAUAAAAAUUUGCAAAACAGAAAGGACUGUACUUGAGAAUAUUAGUAUAGAUGAGGAAAUUAAAUUGUAUUUGUACACUUGAUUAUGUUGUAUUAUACUUGCAAAUCCUGUAAAUUAACUGUGUAUUCCAUAUCAUACUGUGAGAUGCAGUUGUGAUUUAAGUUGCACAUUUUUAUGUAUAUAAUGUAUAUGAACAUUUCAUUUGAUCCAAAACUCUUCACUUUUUUGUUAACUUUUACAAGUUUUAUUUAUGUUUUGCAGUAUUCAAACUGAUAGAUGUAUGUUACCUGUGGGAUUGUUUUUGUUUCCUACAAUCACAUUAGAUUCAAGUAGGCUGUAUAAAGGGAAGUGCUUCUCACCUCCAAUAUGAAAUAUUAAAAAGGAAACUGACAAGUCGCUUAUCUUCAACCGUUCUACAAGUCUUUGUUAGAUACACCAAGAUAUUUGUUGACAUAACUUACUGCUCUUUGAAUUUCUGUUAGACAUUAUUUUAGUACCGAAUUUGGGUAAGAUAUUUUAAUAAUAGAUUGCAUCAAGCCAGAAACCAGGUUUGUUUUAAAUUACCUAAUUUCAGUCAGGGCAAACAGAUGAGGUAUUAAAAUUACACUUUGUCUAAAAAAAUUACUCAAGAUUUCCUUCUGGGUGGGAAAAUAUGUUAUUAUUGAGAACAUCAUUAGGUUUGUUAACAGCAAGACUCAGAUAUUCUGUCCCCAAAUGGCUCCAGCAACAGGACUGGAUCAACUCAGAAUUAAGGCUUCUAACCUCUGGAUAAUACAAUUAAAUGGCUGUGUAUUAAUUAAAGUCACCUUGGCUUUAUAGUGAGCAACUUCAUAAAAGUGAAUGCAGUACUUACAGCAACUUGUAAUGGCACUCUAAGUGUUUUCUCACUGCAAGAUGAUUCCAAGAGAAGUAGGAUUUCCCUGUUAGCCAAGCAUUUAUCUGAGUAGAAACAUGUUAGGUGUUGCCUGAUUAUUUGUGUAGGGAUAUAUUUCACAGUUCAACAUAAGCUUGUCCUCAGACUUUGUACCCCAAUCCACAUAAGCAAGAAUUGGGCUGUAGUGUCAGGUCAGUUUUCUCUCCAUGAGCCAGAUGUCCUCUUUGUGCAUUCCCCUCAGCUGGUGGUGGCAUCCGUUAGUCUCGCAAGACCAUGGAUCUGCGCCUGGAACGUCUAGCUUCAGUAAACUCAGCGAUUUACUGAAUAACUAUACACAUUGGGAAGACAGUCUUUCCAAUGCUUUCAAAGAAUUUAAUUCCUUCAGUCUUGAUUAUCGCUUUUAAAUACUUUUUAACUGCUACAUAUGCCUGAAAGAACAGAAUUUAUGAUUUGUCAUAAUACAUCUGAGGCUAAUGUAUUAGGUUAACCAGUUGUCUUAAUAUAAAACAAGCUGCCUUCCAAUUCAUAUGUUUCCAGUACACUGCAACAGCUUAUUCCUUUUCUCGUUAAGCAAUUAAUAUGAUCAGGCUUUUUGAGAAAUUUGCAUUACACGCCAAAUUACAAUCACCAAUGAGCGCAAAAAUAACCCUAGAAAGAAUUCCAAAAUGGUCGCAUGAGGAAGUAUACAAAAUUUGUCUGUUCAUCUACUAUUUCCUGUCUUUUUAGGAAUUUAAUUUUCAAGAAUUUGUACAUGAUCUUUUUGUGGUUUAAAAAACAUCUAGAUAUAUGUUAAGCUGUUAAUCUAUCAGGACUUUCCUUUUAAUGUAAUUUUUGCUGCUUAUGUGCUUAUUCUUAUUAAAGGCAGGGAGCCCGGGUCAGAAUUAGCUCUGAUCUCAUUGGAUAGUCAAGUGGAGGUUGCACAGUCCUUCAAAUAGCCUUUGAGAAGAAAUGGCCAUAGCAUUUGGCUUUGAAAACCUAAUUAUGAAAUUUUUAAAAAUGUAGAAAUAUUUUAGCUAAAAAAAGGCAACUCAUAAUUGCAAUACUUUUAGUGAGUUAGUCACAAUUUGAAUAAGGUAGGACAUGUCAGAACUGGCUUGACAAUUUCUAUUCAUAAGCUUUUAUAAAUAUAUUGUAGUUUCAUAAUCAUUUUUUGUAGUAUUAAUCCUAUUUUAAGACCAAUUCCUCUAUUAUAGUAUUUUUGGGUACUUCUAACUUCCACCUUUAUUUGUCAUAAGAAUUUUAUGUUUAAGAAUAUCUGGUUCCUACUCCUAUCUGGAUUCACAUCUCUAAAGUUAUUGGGUUGCAUUGCUACCGAGCAGCUUUAUUCCUUCUUAUUCCAUUCGAGAAGCCUACAACCAGUAGGGUUGGUUAUUUGUGAUGAGGCCUUCAUUGUGGUCAUUUUAUCAGCUAUUUGUUUUAAAUAUAACUAGUAGUUAAAGUCCUCAUAAAAAUGCGCCAAAGGGUGUACAUGCUGAAGGAAUGUGGUCUGUGUUCUAUUGAAUGGUUAAUCCCACUCAUGGGGUGAAAAAAAUCCUGUAAAUAAACCACCUUGCCAUAUCAACCCUGACAUCUACUCACUAUAUUCCAUUUAUUUUGAAAGCAUAUCCAUUUGUAUUGGAUCUUUUAUGUUCCUUGAAUGUCCAAAAGCACUUUACAGGGAGAAUUUUUACUGUGCUUGCCAACAAAUAGAAUGACUUUGCAUGUGAUUUCAGUACAUAUAUUUGUGGAUGAUAUUUACACUUACCUUUUGAUUUAUGUGCUGGCAUUAGGGGAAGAUGUUAAACAGUGUGUAUAGUGUUUCAUGAUCACCUUUUGUGGUAUAAGUGAAUGCCACCAUUGUAUGGAAACCAGCAAUGACAUUAAAUGCUCCAGACCAGCGAAUGUAAUCAAGAGGACCCGCCACAUCAUGUUUAAGAGAAAACUCUGUUCACCCAUGGUUAUGAUGAAGAGCAGCGGUGGGUUUGGUGGACCUCGGGCGAGCUAACAUUCUGACAACCCAAUGUACAAAGUGCAGUUGGAUGCAUGACAAACUGCAGAAAGGUUGGCGCGUCUGAUAAAUUCAUGCCAAAGUUCUAAGUUUUGUUGCAAAGUGAAACUUCACAUUGUGAUCAGUACUUUGAGUUGAUGCACAUGAAGUAUAUUUACCUGUAUUGUGUAUAGGCCAUUUAAUACUAAAGCUAAUUGAAAUGGUUAAAAUAGUGUUGUCAUAACCUCACAUGUAGCUAAUCCGCAGUAUCUAUAAAACCCUGAGCUUGUCCACUUCUUGCUGAAAAUUUUUUUAGACCUGGGAAGCUGAUGCAACUAAAGUAGAGUUGCUGGGAGACAUCUGCAGAAAUAAAAAAAAUUCUUACAAUCUGCAGUGACUUUUUAAAAUCAUAUUGUGUAGUAUUGAGUUUUUUUUUGAGGUUUUCCGUUCCAGCUUCAACAAAGUACACUUCAGAACUUGAGCCACACUUGUUCUCCUUGUCCAUGUCCUCUGUCAGCACUACCCCAAUCUUGAGCAGUAUUAAAUUUGAUAAACCCUAGAGCUGCAGUCUUUGCAUCUUGUAAACUAGAACUUGCAAAGAUUUGCGAGGGAGUCCUUCACUCUGUGUGCCUGCCACUGCAUAAAGCCUGUACUCACUGUUCUAAGAUAAUCCAGUUUUAUUCAAUGUUUCUAAUAACCUUUUAAAUAAACAAAAUUA